UGUUGAAUAGUUUUGAAGUAAUCGUAUGAGGGUCUGAUGUAAUGUAGCGUCAGUCAAACAAUGUUUAUUAAGAGAGUGGGAUACUCGUGAUGCAUUUAGGAAGUACACGAUAAAGUAAUUGGGUAGGUGUAGUACAAGGGUAGUGUGAUGUGGCCAAGCAGGUUAGGGCGAGGAUGGAAGGUAGCGCGGCAGGGGAGGGCGCUGCCAGGAGCGUAGGGCGCGCGGAGCAAUGGAUUGCUGCAACUACGGCGAAUACCGCGGGCACGGACAGUACGGUAGCGGCGCGAGCGCAGGUUGGGACGGUUACGGACCGUACGCGCCGCUGCCGUACGCGCCGUACGCUCACGGCUACUACGCGCCGCCCGCGCACGAUGCCUACGCCCGUUACUACCGCUACGACUACCCUGCUCACCACCUGCACCACGCUGAGCAUGUCAUGCCCAUGGACUACGGUGCUUACGCGGCAAAGGAGGCGCGCGUGCGGCGCGCUUUGGCUCGUAGGGAGCAGCGCGCACUCACUCCCGCAUUACAACUGCCGCAUCCGCCCACGCCACCUCUAGAAUGUGGGCUGAACGGACGCGGCUCUGGUUAUUGCGAGACGCAGAUGUGGCCUCACUAUCAGAUGGGUGUUGUGAGCGGUGGCGGGAGUUGGAGUGGCGCCAACGCAGUCAACGGCACGUGGUCCUUGCGCAACACGUGCUCACGUGAAAAUAUGCGUUAUCCCUCUGACUGCCGUUCUAUAAAGGGCCCUCACAUUUAUGCUCAAAAUCCAGCAUGUAUACAAGAUGGAAGAUCGACACCUUAUCGGCCAUACGAUGAGACUUCUUACAGCGGAGAAAAUGGCAUCAGGCACGGAAACACGCCCGAGUUUUCCACAACGAGAGCCGUGCCUCCAGAAACGCCCCGAUCUGCACGGGAUCGUUUCUACGCUGAACCACGGCGAUCGCCACCCGAAGAGAAACGGCCACCAGUAGUGCCCUUGCCCGCCUUUCAGCAAGCAUUUGGCUCGACCGAAAUAGGAAAAUUUGCGGAAGCAUUCAGUCGCACAGAGGUGGCUUUAGAGGAUGUCACUAGCGAUAAUUUUUCUUACGAGUCUUUCUCCGACUGGGAUGUACCAUCAGAACCGCAGUGGUCGUUGCAACCGACAUCGCGGGAAAUCAAGUGUGAAGAUAACUUUUAGUUGUCUACACUUUAGCUCUAAUUAUAGGCGAUUUCGCCACUUAGCUAAUUAGACAAUUUUUAGUUCCACCACCAUGUUGCCAAAAUGACGUAGUCACGAUGGAAGUUUGAUGUCAUAGAACUUUAGAAUGUGAUAAAAUCGUUAGUGUGCGAUCAUGAAUCGACGGGAGGAGUAGUGGUGUGACAUUAUAAAUUCAUAUAUACAUUAUAAGUAGAAUAUUAAUUAUCUAGUUAAUCCCUUUAACUAGUUUUAGACCGACCUUAAAAGGAAGAGUAACAAUUUUAUUAAGGGAUAUGCGAAUGUUAGGUACUACAUUGCAUAGAAUAACAAUAUGAAUCAUGACUCAAUGUGCCUUUAUUCGGAGAGCCCGGCCGCAGAACGCGCGGCGUCGAUGCCCCAAACCGCUCCGCGUUAAUAUGGACAGCAUAAAAUUACAAUAGCAAUUAUAGGGACCAACGUUUAGACAAAUAUAUACACGAUUUUGUCGCGAGCAUAAAUCGAUGCGCAAUAAGCCUAACGAAAUUUCUGCAAAUUAUUGUAUCAGAAACAAUAUCUACGAGUACAGUUACUUCAGUACCGUAGUAUUUCAUUUUAAGAAAUGAAAGUUCAUCAAGUAAUUGUAUCAUUUAAUAAUAAUGUCAAAUGAGAUCUGCAAUAUUUAAAUCAAAAUAAUUUAAAACAGUUAAUAAUAUUUUAUUAUUUUUUGAAUAAUUGAAUAAUGUUUCAAACAGUAUCGUCUUUUCAAAGUAAACAUUUACUAUGUAUUUUCGUAAGUACCUGAUACGUUAAUAAAAUAAGUUUAAAAGUAAUACUAUAAUAUAAUAAAAUUUUCUGACUAUAAGACCAAUAAAUAAUUUGGUUACGAAAAUAUAUCAAGGGGCACAAUGGACGUCGCGCGGAAUUAUAUUAACAUUUGAACAUGAAAUUUUUCAGGAAGUAAUGAAACAAGUCAUGUAUGUAGGUAUAUUUAGGUAGUUAAAUUUGAUAAAAUUUUUAAAGAGAUUACUUAUGAAUAAAUGGCUUUUUAAUUAAAUAUUAGGGGUCCAACAACGUCGAUGUAAAGUGUUUGUUGUGGUUUUAUUUCUCACGUCAUAGACAUUGCGCCAACUAAACAUGAAAAACUGGAUAGGUAUGAAAUUAACUUUUUUUGUUAUUAAAUUGGAUCUGUGUUGAAAUAAUGUUAUCUUGGUUGUUUUUUUGUACAAAUAAUAUGACAAGAGUAUGUUAUUCUAAAUAGAUGGAUUAACUAUACGUUUCUAUUAGUUGUGUCUGUGAUAAAAAUUAUUUUGUAGGACAUUAAAUCGAAUCAAAUGUUUAAUUUUUCCUUUAGUCUUUAAGUUUGUGCCAAUGUUACUAAACCGAUAUAAACUAUAAUAAUAAGUUGUAAAAUUUUAACACAAAAGCAUAUAACCACUUACAUCGUUACCCACACUGAAAUUAAAGCGUAAUAUUAUUCACAUGAACACAUUAUGAACCUAUUCACAACGAAUUUUCUUCGGCAGAGCAAUAUUUAAUUUCUUUAUGCAAUAAUUUUUAAAACUCAAAAGCUAAUAAAUAAAUUCAUCACUUGCCUCAAUUUAAUAAUUAUAAUAUUGAUGUAUAAACUCGUUUAUAGUUAAAAUUCAAGUCUUUCAAUCGGCGACGUAAGUAAUUGUUUGAGCUUUUAAUUAAAUGAUGAUGUCUUAUAAAUGUCCGGUGCGUGUUAAUUACCAGUAACUUCCAGUGGUCUUCACUUUUAUAGAAGAAUUCUGUGUGUCAGUAUUUUAGAUCUCUUUCGACAAAAAAAGCAGCAAAAUUAAUGGAGUGCCUUACGUAUUUAAUAUGAUAUGAAAUUAGGAUGGAUGAAUUUUAUUCUAGCAUAAUUCGAUGAAACACCAUAAAAUAAUAGCGUAUUAAAACUUCUUUUGAACCGAGUAUUUCAUUAAUAGUAGAUAAUGUAAUAGACUAAUAAAAGUUGUUUAAUAAUAAUUACACUUAAAAUAUUAUAAAAUUACCAACGUACCUAUAAAUAUUAUACAUUAAAUACACCUAAAUUUAUCAUGAUGUGCACUAACACAGAGAUGUGGAAUGAAUUACUUUGUUAUGUUGUAGAUUAAUGUUUUUAAGAUACAUAUUUCAUGACGUUCGUCUUUUGAAGUUACGUUGAGGUAGUGUAGUUUUUAAGUAUCUAGUCAUUGGAAUUCCAUCUUCUUCCUGAAUCUUAUUAUUAUUUAUUUACACCUAUGAAUAUUUAAGUAUUGUAAACAUUUGCAGAUAGAGCCACUACAUCUGCAGUGUACUGGUUAGAUUAUUAUUAAUUUACAGAUCCAAUAAAUAAUUUUAUAAUCGAUGGAAUCCUCUUUUCUAUAGUUAAGGAAUACUUGGUUAUUAUGAUAAUAAGAUAAAAGUAGUCUGUGCCACAUAAUAUGUAUAUACGAUAUACAUUUCCGUAGAUAGUCCUAUUGUUAUUUGUUUUAAGUAUUAGGGACAUAAUUUUACUGUAGAAAUAUGUAAAGACCGUAAAUUAAAAUUAUAAUAUAUAUUUAGGUGUUCCACGAAUAGAGCUUCCCGAUUAUCCCACAACUUUGUCUACCAUUGCAGUUAAUUAUAUUUGUACUUGGGUCUUUAUUAUUGUGAUAUAUUAAUUUCAUUCACAAACUUGACAAAACUCUUUUUUUAAUAAUAAUCUAUAUAAUUAUGUAUGUGGUUCCAAGUAGGUACCUAUUUGGAUUAAUACAACAGUAAAUUUAUUUUAUUUAAAUGUAAUGAUAAUAUUACAGGUAUUUUCGUUUAAUUAUUUCUAAUAAAAAUAUUGAUUAGUAAUUUGGUGGAAGGUUAUUUAGUAUAAUUACUUAAUAUAAUUACAGCUGCAAUCUUUGAAAACUUUAUAAAAUCUGUGCAUGGAUCGGGGAUUAGAAAGAUGAAAAAUUAAACUAGAAUCCAUUUCCUCAUUUCAUCGUACCGAGUAUACCCAUACCAUGAAAAAAAAUGGCAAAUUGAAAAUUUCGAUCGCUUUUUAACAUCACUACGCUUGAUGUAGACGCCAUAUAAGAUACUGUAAUCAAAGUAACGACUUGUGAUCCUACCUUCCAGAAAAUAUUUUGCAGAAAUUAAGGUGUGUUGUAUUCGUGUAUACUUGUGUCUCUAUAAAAAAACGUUUUAACAGACGAGAAACUUAAAAAAAAUUUGAGAGAAAUUAACUUUUCUUUAUAAAAAAAAAACAACGGUGUAAUAUUUUUUUAUUGUUAUAAUUAAAUUUAUUUGGAAUCGUUACAAUAAAAAAUAUACUUAACUUAUAUUUUUGUUAAACAAUUAGGCCAACAAAAUUUAGAUACUUAGAUAAAUUUGUUGAGACAGCAAAGUACUGAACAAAAAUAUAAAAAAGAUUAUUAUAUACUUAUCUAGUUAUAAUUAUUAUUAAUCUUGUAAAUAAUUAAUUAUAUUUUGAACGUUUCACUCAUAUCAAUCAAUCUAGAUCAACUGUUUUAUUAGCAAAUUGUAAGGUUUUGAAUCCCGAAACACUGAAAUGUUUGAUUUAUGGACGUCGAUGUACGAUUUAAUAAACACAUUUUACUGAGAAUUGUUAUUAUUUUUAUAUUACCUAUGCAAAUA